AUGUCGGAUUCCUCACAAAUGCGACACCCUCAAACCACCCUAUCCCGAAUGAAGACAAGCGGCAGGGCAGAAACACGCGAACUGUUCCUCGGAUUGUCCCCACUCGUUUCGAAAGGCUCCAUCCACGCCGUCAUUGGCCUCUUAAAUAGGAAGCAAGGCGCCACACCUGGGGAUGCCGAUCGGGCGAUCGUCAACUUCCAAGCGAUUUACGGCCAUGAGGCCCCAGGGCAAAUUCAAUAG